CCUCCCCCUCGCCACCGGUUAACAACGUUUGCAUAUUAUCAGUGACCCUCGUUCAAACGAUUAAAGAGUGAAAUCGAACCAUUGCGUCUGACGGAUGUGAAAAAGUGCCCCAUUUCUACGUGUUGUUUGUUAGAUGUUGUAAAACUUUCUCUCGGCAAUUUUUGCAAUCAUGGAGAGUGCAUAAGUUUAAGUGUGUUUGACUGAGUUUAGGGACUGACAUUUCAUGAUUGGUAGUGAUUUUUCCUCCAAUGUAAUAGAAUGGGCGCUUUCGCGAACAAAUUGUCGUUUUGGUUUGAUAGAAAUCAGGCCAAAUCCGAUUAACAUUCCACCUUUCACUUUCGUGGCGUGAGUUUUGGAAAUGUCUUUGGUUUUUCUAGAUUUUUAAUAGGACCCGGGGCUUUAACAAAGACCGACAAUUGUAUUAAAUAAUCGCGGUUCGUCAAUACGACAGUAAUGUUCAACGUGUCAUAAUUUCGCGUAAAAGUGCGAGAGUAAAAUAGGUAUUAGAUUACAAAUUUUCGAUCAUGAAUCAGAGAUUUCCAAGUCAUGUCCAGCUCAUUCAAUGCAAGCUCUUUUUUUGAAAGUGAGACCACGGUCAUUACAAGACUUAGAGAGUUCUGUCAUUUGACAAUUUCUAACAAAUGACCACUAUUUAAGAACUCUUUUAUGAUACCAACAUUUUUGAAAGAUCAAAAUUCGAUAUUUUACAUUGCAUGAAAUUAUCUAACUCUCGCAAUUUCUUAUCAAAAUACAAUUUUUGUAGAAUGUAUCUGUAAGUUUGUGCCUUUAGAGUGAAACCACCGGCUCAAUGUGCUUUGUGAUUUAAAUAUCGAGCUCAGUUCUGUCUCAACCGUUUGUGUUGAUAAAAUCCUUAAGGCAGAAUUUCAAACUUAUUUUGGACGGAUAAGCAAUAAAAUAGUCGACUUGCUUGCAAAUGGGCUGUAAUGAGGACUCAUUGCUAAAAUAUACCAAAUAAGUAUCGUCGUGUGUGUAAAUGGAGAUCUGACAAUGGUGUGCAUAUCAUCGACACUCUGUGCUGCGGUCCUCGUUUGGAUUGGAAUCGGUAGAGAUGUGUUUGGUUUACGGAACGUCAGACUCUCGGUGUCCCCACCGACAGUGAAACGAGGCGAGGGAGCAGCUCUUGACUGCAUCUAUGACCUUGAGGAUGCUCCACUCUACUCCUUCAAAUUGUACAGAGGAUACCACGAAUUUUACAGAUUCUCCCCAAAUCAUGUGCCUGAAAACAAAGCAUUUCCACUACCGGGAGUCACAGUAGACUUGGCGAGAUCAAAUGCGAGCAGAGCAGUGCUGCAUGGUGUGGGUUUCCAUUUUUCCGGUAACAUCACCUGUGAAGUAACCACGGAUGCACCAGAUUUCGUCACCGUGGCUGUGUCUAAGGACGUUAUGGUUGUCGAGCUGCCCGAGGACAGUCCACUGCUCAUGACCGAAAGGAACAAGUACGAGCCGGGUGAGACACUGAGAGCGAAUUGCAGUUCCCUUCCGUCGCGACCAGUAGCAUCGCUCAGUUUCUUACUCAACAACGCACCUGUGAAUGCGACAAUUUCGUCAUCAGAGCAGGACGAUGAGUGGCGGAGUCGGAGUCGAAUUAGUUUGGAGCUGCCUCUAAGCUCUUGGCACUUCUCAGCGGGUGGACAACUGGACCUCAAGUGCACGGCCCUCGUUGGCGAGUUCUACUUGGACACGAGGACCGUCCAACUCGGGUCCCGCAGCUCCGGUCCUGUUCCCGAGAGAGUAGUCUUCGGCAGUAGUUCCAGUCAUAAUCCUGUCAAUUUUAUAAUUCUAAUAGUGACAUACGCAUCAACUUUCAAUGCCGGAGUAAUCAGCUAGCUUUAAAAUAUAUGUAUAAUGUUUAACUAUUACUGAAAUGUGUCGUAUUUUCUCAUGAAAUGUCAAGUAAAGCGUGAAACAAACGUACUUUACCCGGAAUAUCUCAUAUCAACAAAUUAAUUCCAUUUUAAGUUUCGAUCUUAGUGACCCAAUUCAAUUUCAAAUGUGCUCAAAGAUCUUUAUCUCUCUGUUUAAACUCAAUGAAGUGUGGCAAAUGGGCAUGUGUCUUCCGUGCACUGAUCUACCAACCAACCAACCACACGGAGUGAAUUCGGAGCUCUCGAUUCUUUCUGAUUCCAAAGAAUCUCUCCUCUCCGACCCUUCAGGCCGUCAAUUAAUUGAAACCUUUCUCUUAGGAAAAAGGUACAAUUAAAAGGGAGGAUACAUUUCAAUCAUUUGUGAAUGGCCUUCGGUGACCGUAAAUUUUUGCUUAAUCUCUUAUUUUGAGUCAAAAGGUCAAAGCUUAAUUCAUUUCCUUUCUCUUGGCUUCCUUAACAUAUCUUCCAUGCCGUCCCAAAAAUGAGAGAUUACACUGAAAUAGAGUUCAGUUUUAGUUCCAUAUCGGUGGCUAAAAUUGACAGAUAAGUAUCUCCAUUGCAGUAUUUUAAAAUUCAUUUUAUACAUCAGUUUUAUUUCUUAAAAAAAAAACAACUUAACAUUUUUGAACAAUUCCCGGAAUGAGUAAAAAAAUACACAGAGAAUUUUUUAAAAAAAAAAAAAAAAACUGAUCUAGUUCGCGAAGAAACUUAGAACAUGAGCAAAAAUGCAAUGAUAGGAACGUUACAACUGGAGGUACGCUUUUUUCAACAUAAUAUUAUAAUCUUUAUCCAUCAUGUGCUUUUCUUCGUGGUUACAAUUUCGACUCAUGUCAUCGUACAUUCAUAUCAUGUGACCAAACUUUCAACUAACAUAGACCAAGAAA